GCGUUGAGUCGUCAGAGAGGGAGGAACAACGUUAUAGCGCUCAGGACGGAUUUUUAUUUUAAAUAUUAAUUUAAUUUUUUUUUGUGGGGGGAAUUUUUUCUCUGCUAAAUUUCUACAGAAACAGGUAGAGAUGCCAGUUGUGCGGUUUCAGGUUGGAGAAACUGUGAUGGGCCGCUGGCCCGGCAGUAACCUUUACUAUGAGGUCAAAGUGUUGAGUUACUCUGUCAAGUCUCAGCUCUACACAGUCAUCUACAAAGAUGGUACAGAACUGGAGCUGAAGGAUGCAGAUAUCAAGAGCGUGACUGGAUUUAAGCAGGGCUCUGGCCGCUCUCGGUCUCGCUCUCGCUCCCGUUCUCCAGCACGUAGUCGGCGAAGUAGAUCACGCUCUCCGGCAAGAAUAUCACGUCGCUCUACAUCCCAAACCACUGAGACACGCAGAGAUAAACUUAAAGAUGUACUGGAGGUGCGCCUCACGCCUGUGACAAUGUCACUGGUGAACAAUAGCAACAAUGAGCAUGAAAAGAAAGAGGAGAAUGACACGGCUAACAAAGUUGUUGAGGUAAAGGAGGAAACUGAGAACCAGGUAAGUGGCCGCUACAAUCUUCGUCGCCGGAAGGACCAGGGUGAAGAGCGACCGAUAGAGAAGAAGAAGCCAGUUGUGCUACUGGCCACACCACAGCAGACCAGCAAGACCACUGAACUGCAGUUUGGAGGAAGGAUUGGUGUAUUGUUUUUGCUGCUGCUGCUUCCUGUGGUGGUGCUGGCACUGCUUAUUCUCUGUGGCCAGAAGGAUUCUAGUCUCCUCAGCUUUCCUCACAUGCUUCCUCCACUUGACUCUCUCUGGGACUGGCAGGUUUUUGGCAUCACAAUCCUUUGGCUGCUCUUCCAGGCUGUCCUCUCCCUGCUCCCUAUUGGCAAGGUUGUUAAUGGGAUGCCUCUAAAAAAUGGAAAAACACUGAAAUACAGGAUUAAUGGGUUUUAUGCGCUCCUCAUCAGUGGUAUAGCAGUAGGCGCUGGCGUAUACAACGAAGUGGACCUUGGCUACAUCCACGCUCAUAUCCUCCAGUUCUACACCUCAGCCCUGCUCAUCUCCGUCCUCCUCAGCAUCUACCUGUUCGUCCGUUCCCGUUGGGCCUCUGAUGAUGAGCUUUCUCCAGCUGGAAAUUCCGGUUAUGUGAUGUAUGAUUUUUUCAUGGGACGUGAGCUGAAUCCACGAAUCAAAGAUUUUGAUAUCAAAUUCUUCUGUGAAAUGCGUCCUGGACUUAUUGGUUGGCUCGUGUUUAACUUUGCGAUGUUACAUGCCGAGAUGAAACUACAGAAUCUUGACAUCCCUUCCUACGCCAUGCUGCUUGUGAAUGGCUUCCAGAUGCUUUGGGUUGUUGAUGGCCUUUGGCAUGAGGAGAAACUUCUAACCAUGGUGGAUAUAGUUGACGAUGGCUUUGGGUUCAUGUUGGCUUUUGGAGAUUUGGCCUGGGUUCCUUUUACUUUCACUUGUCAGUCAUACUACCUUGUCAGUCACCCCAAUGACCUGUGUGUGUUUUGGAUUGUUGCCAUCGUCUUACUGAACGCAAUUGGCUACUACAUAUUCCGGAAAGCCAACUCUCAGAAAUUUGCUUUCAGAAGAAAUCCAAGCGAUCCAACCUUGUCUCAUCUGCAAACAAUUCCAACUACAACUGGAAAGAGCCUCAUUGCUUCUGGUCUGUGGGGUUUUGUCCGUCAUCCGAAUUACCUCGGAGACAUCCUCAUGGCACUGGCUUGGUCCCUAACAUGUGGUUUUAAUCACAUAAUUCCUUAUUUUUAUCUGAUUUACUUGAUCAUCCUUCUGGUGCAUCGGGAGGCACGGGGUGAGCAUCAGUGUAGGAAGAAAUACGGCUUGGCGUGGGAGCAGUAUUGCAAAGCGGUGCCUUACCGCAUCUUCCCCCGAGUGUACUGACAACACACUCGCAUGUUUGGGGGCAUACAAAAUUUCCUGUGGAGAAUCUGAAUGAAAAUAAUUCUAAGAGUAAAAGAAGAAGAAAGUAAGGGAGCGUAUCACUAAGUGACUCGGCAGCUAUUUGGAUCAGAGAACAAAAAGUUUUAAUUAAAAUUAUUUGUAAAAGAAAAAGAUUUUGCCCCGGUUAUAAGCUCUCUUAUGUAUAAUAAUGUACAUACACGUUUUUCUACUCAAGCAAUUUCUGCCAUAACCUUUCCCCAUAUAUGAGCUUUUCAACCAUUUGUUUUACCUUUUUAUUUCUCAGCGUUUUUCUGCAAUACGUUAAGUUUUAAUGCGUUUGUAUAUUAUGUCUGAUUGGAUAUUAAGUGAUAAUUGUAUGUAUUCCUCUUUUGUCUGUCUGUCUUUUUUUUUUUUUUUCCCUGUAUAGUGAAAACCGUUAUGUCUCAGGACCAGUGCUCUUAUAAGAAGAAAAUUGGACAAAUAAUUUUUUUAUAUAUAAUUUAAGGCAAAUUGUUUUGAAAUUAAUUUUACAUGCUCUGUGUGAAAAUGUUCAUUUUAGCCUGAAUGCUUAUUAAGUUACAUAUUGCUUAUUUUAUUUUGUUCCGAAAUAGAUGAUUUAUUAUUUUUUAUUAUUUUUUAAUUUGUUAUUUCUUGUAAUAUAUAUGAUGCAUGGCACCAAAUAUCACAUUUCUGGUUUUAUUUGACUGAAAUCUACCUUUGCAAACAUCUUUAAUGUAAGAAGAAACAUAAAAGGGAUGAAUGUUUCCAGUGUCUUGUGGUAAUGUUGGUGAAUUAGGCUGAUGAGAUGUAAAUAAACUGCUGAGAUGUUUUAAUGUCA